GAAUUGUAACCCAAAUUCAAUGCGAUCUAAAUAUCGGAGAUACAGAAAGUGGCCUGCUUCAAACAGCUUUCGUCGCCAUUUACAUGAUCUGCGCCCCGUAUUUGACUAUUUGGCUACUUGGGUGAUCGAUACUCUCGAAGGCUUAUCAUGGCUGCCGGUAUUUUCGUCUGGAGCCUGACAACAUUACUUGGCUCUUACGUGACAAAUUUCUGGGCUUUCCUGGUCAUGAGGAGCCUUGUAGGUGUGGGAGAAGCUUCCUACUCAACCAUAGCACCUACCAUCAUUUCAGACUUAUUUGUUGGCGAUACUCGCUCAAAAUUUCUAGCCCUCUUCUAUUUCGCAACUCCGGUCGGGAGUGGACUAGGUUACAUCGUUGGCUCAGAAGCAUCUAGAGUGAUGGGAUCGUGGCAUUGGGGCCUUCGAGUCACGCCAGUUUUCGGGGCCGUAGCCGUGCUUCUGAUUUUGCUGGUCAUCCAGGAUCCUCCACGCGGCGAAUCUGAAGGCGCCCAUCUUUCAGCCACGAGCUGGUGGGACGACAUUAAAUCACUCGGCAAAAACAAAAGCUUUGUGAUGUCCACAGCAGCUUACACAGCGGUGGCCUUCGUCGCUAGAGCUCUGGCAUGGUGGGGUCCCAAGUUUAUCGCAUUGGGUUUGGCCACUCAACAAGGUCACCAGGAUGUUUCAUUGGAUGACGUAUCGUACAUUUUCGGCUUGAUUGCCAUGAUCGCUGGUUUGCUGGGCGUGCCCCUUGGAUCUUUCCUCGGCCAAAAAUUGCGCGUCCGCUAUCAGCGGGCCGAUCCCAUCGUUUUCGGUAUGGGUAUGCUGUUUUCCACUCCCCUCGUGCUAGCUGCGUUGUUUAUCGCCGGAUGGAACACCACCACUUGCUUUGUGGUCGUCUUCUUUGGUCAAGUCCUGCUCAAUUUGAAUUGGGCAAUUGUGGCUGAUAUCCUGUUGGUAUGCUAUACGGUAAUCCCAACGCGACGAUCAACCGCUGAAGCGUUUCAAAUUCUAUUUUCACACGGACUGGGUGACGCCGGCUCUCCUUAUUUGAUUGGCCAGAUCUCCGAAAUUCUGAAGAAAUCCUUUUCGACUCCGGCUGCAUUCGUCGAAGGCGCCAUGGUUCUAAACUCGACUGUUUCGUCAAUUGUGAGCGACUUUGUUACGAGUUUACCUGAUUAGAAUGUCAGCGCAAACUGUUCCAGUUCAGGAACGUCAUCUAUAGAUCUCACCACUGUUGAAGGCGACUUCAAAGCCCUACAGUGGGCCAUGUCUAUCACGAUAGUCGUGGAAGUUCUCGGUGCUCUCUUCUUUUUCGGAACAGCAUGGUAUGAAUUCUUUUCAUUAAGAGAAAUC